CCUUAAGAAACCCUAACAACAAGGGUUAGGGUUUCGAAUAUAUAGAUCGGAAAGGGGAGCAAUUGAACGACGGCCGUGCGCUGAAGGAGAGCUCAAGAGAACCCUAGAGAGCUCUGCGAUCCCGCGAAAAUGGGUAUCUCUAGGGAUUCAAUGCACAAGCGCCGCGCCACUGGCGGCAAGAAGAAGGCGUGGAGGAAGAAGAGAAAGUAUGAAUUGGGCCGGCAGCCAGCAAACACAAAGCUAUCGAGCAACAAAACUGUGAGGAGAAUCCGUGUGAGAGGAGGUAAUGUCAAGUGGAGGGCUCUUAGGCUGGAUACUGGGAAUUAUUCAUGGGGCAGUGAGGCUGUCACUCGCAAGACCCGUGUCCUUGAUGUGGUGUACAAUGCCUCGAACAACGAGCUUGUGAGGACCCAGACUCUUGUCAAAAGUGCUAUUGUACAGGUUGAUGCCGCCCCCUUCAAGCAGUGGUACAUCCAGCACUAUGGUGUUGAGGUUGGGAGAAAGAAGAAGGCUCCUGCGACCUCUGCCAAGAAGGAAACAACUGAGGAUGGUGAAGCUGCUGCUGCUGAAGAGGAAACUAAGAAGAGCAACCACGUUCUCAGGAAGCUGGAGAAACGCCAGGAGGGUCGCACUCUCGAUCCUCAUAUCGAGGAGCAAUUUGGUGGUGGCAGGCUACUUGCUUGCAUCUCAUCCCGCCCAGGCCAAUGUGGCAGAGCUGAUGGAUACAUACUAGAAGGCAAGGAGCUCGAAUUUUACAUGAAGAAGAUCCAGAGGAAGAAGGGCAAGGGUGGUGCUGGUGCUGCUUAAGUGAGCCUGCAGCUUGAUAUCAAGAAUUUCACAUUUAGUUUAAGAUCAUUUCUUGUAGUUUACAGUUUUUCUGAACAAUUAAUUUGGCAUGAUCCAGAUUUUGCUAUGACUUCCUCAUUUAAUGGUGUUAUCAUGUUGUGGUACCUUGAAUGAUAUUCUCUAAGCUUUGUUUCAACUGAGAAUUUUGUUGA